AUGAUGCAUUCACUCAUACUCACCAUCCUCUUCAUCCAUGCGUACUCCAUCACCACCAUCCCCGCCUCCGUCGAAUUCAUUCGCUCCAGCUGCGACACCACGCUCCACCCUGACGUCUACUACCGCUCCCUCUCUCUCUAUGUCGUCGCCGUUUGUAACCCAUCUCGCCUAACAACUGUCGUCAUCCGCGUCAGCCUGUCAAACGCAGCCCGCACAUCGGACAACCAUGACUUAAUGGCCCAAAUGCCGAACACGAUCUGCCGCAGCCGUAUCUCCGCGAACAAGACAAACCUUGGUCGCUUUCUCGGAGGCCUUCAAUCAGAAUCUGCCGUCGGUUCUCUCCAGAUCGCACCUCCACCAGACACAAAAAGUGUCCGAGAUUCAGAUGCCCCACGCCUUGCCGUGCCGCCACCUGCUGCGUUCGACCCUGAGGGUUUGGAUAAGAAACCCGCGUGGUCCAAAGAUAAAAUUUGUGGACCUGAGCCUGUUUGA